AUGAUGCUGCCCAACUCCCGCAGAGACCACGUCCGCAGGCUGCUGCACAUGACACGGCCCAAAGAGAGCUCCUUUAUCGAGCCAGAAAGUCCCCAGCACAGCCAGGACACUCCAAGCACUCCCAAGCCCCGUACCGCCCAGCUACUCGAGCGCGCUGCCAAGAGCAAAGUGAAGGCGGCACUGGGCAGAGGCGCCUUCGGAGAAGUUUAUUAUGUGCUGCACAAGUCCAGCGGACGCCCCCACGCGAUGAAGGUCCUGCGUAAGGAGAAAGUGCUGAACAACAACCUGGUGCGCUACGCCAACACCGAGAAGAACGUGCUUCGAGCAAUGCGACACCCCUUCAUCGUGCGGCUGGACUACGCCUUCCAAAACGAGGUCUGCCUGUUCAUGGUGCUGGAGUACUGCCCGCGCGGGGAUCUAGAGGGCUACCUCACUAAGCACAAGAAGCUGGGGGAGGCGGAGACCCGAGUGUUCGUGUGCGAGAUACUGCUGGCUCUGUAGGCCCUGCACAAAAACGAGAUUAUCUUCAGGGACCUCACGGGCAACGUGGUGCUCGACCAGGACGGCCACGCCAAGCUCACUGACUUCGGGCUGUCCAAGUUUGCUUUCAACUCGAGGUCCUUUUGCGGGUCGAUCGCCUACCUGGCCCCCGAGAUGAUCAAGCGCAGGGAGCAUGGCUUCACCCUCGACUGGUAUCUGCUCGGCGUGCUGCUCUACGAGUUGCUGGCUGGAAUACCACCGUUCUACUCCACCGUCAAGGACAAACUGUUCGACAACAUCCUCAAGUCCAAGCUGCAGCCUCCGCCGGGCAUCACUCCCCAGUGCGUGGACCUGAUCCAGCGGCUGAUGUAGAGAGACCCUCGCAAGCGGCUGGAUAACCGCGAUGCCGAGGAGGUCAAGGAGCACGAGUGGUUCGCGGGCAUAAACUGGGACGACGUCUACAAUCGCAAGCUCAUUCCGCCAGCCCUCAACGGCGCGGAGGUGGUGACCAACCCGAUGCUGGCUGACAAGUUCAACAAGUGUGACUGA